AUGAAUGAACAUAAACCUAAGGCAAUCUUUCGGCGUGUUGAGGAUUGCGAGACCGAGGAAUCGAACCAUCCGCUUGCCGGAUAUUUUCGUUGGUGGGCACUCAUUAAUGGUGACAUAACGUCAACAACGGGACUCACCAUGGGUAUCGCAGAAGCGCCGAUCGAGGCUCCACGUCCGAAACGAGGUUACACGAACGAUGCAGAGGAAGUGUACUACUUUUUAAGUGGAAAAGGAAUCGUUUCCGUGGAUGGCGUGGAAACAGAUGUCGGACCUGGUACAUCAGUAUGGAUACCUGCACAUGCUGAACAUUUUUAUCACAACACGGGUACAGAGCCGUUAAAAUUUUUGUAUGUAUUUGCACGCGAUAAGUACAGUGAUGUGCAUUACUGCUUUCCUGGUGAAACAGAAAUAGCGUAA